AUGACUCCACAGUUGUCAAAGGACGAAGAAGGCGAGGAGACUGAGGUCCGCCGUGAAGACCAGGACAAAAUCAAUCGCUUCAGCACACUACACCAGAAAGAAAAACUUUUGCAAGCGGAGCUCAAAACCAAAGAGGUCCCUCUAAAUCUUCGUUACGCAAGAGAGUGCAACAGAUUUGCUGACAGGAUGUUCNNACAGAAGGAGAAGGAGGAUUUAGAAGAAGUCUCAUCAGAACUCGAGCUUGCUGACGAAGACGAGAAGGUCUCGUAA